CCUCACUCUCUCUCUCUCUCUCCCUGGUAAAGCAAACAAAAUGUUGCUCCGUCGUGCAACCGCCGCACUACCCAAAACCCUACAAAACCUCCGGCUAUUCUCCCCGGCGGCGACCUCCGCGUUAGCCCUCGACCACACCCUAGAUACCCAACUAGACUACCUCCCCGGGUUCCCUCGACCCGAUGCUAAACACGCGGAGACGAUCCUAGCCGUUCCUCGGUCCGACUCCGGUAAGAACAUAUCCGCGAAAGAGCGUAAAGCGGGUCGGGUCCCUUCGAUCAUAUUCGAGCAGGAGGAUGGUCAGCACGGAGGGAACAAGAGGCUCGUCUCGGUUGAGACGAAUCAGAUCAGGAAGCUGGUGACUCAUCUGGGUUACUCCUUCUUCCUCUCGAGGCUAUUCGAUGUCGAGGUUAGGUCUGAGAUUGGUUCCGAUGAGGUCGUUGAGAAAGUCAGGGCCUUGCCCAGAUCGAUUCAUUUGCACUCUGGAAGUGAUGCGCCGCUGAAUGUGACGUUUAUAAGAGCUCCUCCUGGUACUCUGUUGAAGGUUGAUAUCCCUCUUGUGUUUAUUGGAGAUGAUGUUUCUCCUGGGUUGAAGAAAGGAGCAUCUCUGAAUACGAUCAAAAGAACGGUGAAGUUCCUAUGUCCGGCAGAGAUCAUCCCUCCAUAUAUAGAAGUAGAUCUCAGUCUACUCGACGUUGGACAAAAGCUAGUAGCGGGAGACCUCAAGGUUCACCCGGCGCUAAAGCUAAUAAGGCCCAAAGACGAACCAAUUGUUAAGAUCGCCGGAGGACGUGUCAGUGACCAGCAAAAGGACCAGCAAAAGAAGGACCAGCCAAAGAAAGACCAAGCAAAGAAAUAAACCGGUGGUUAGUCAUAUUAACCGGUGCAAACCUAAUGUUGAUGAAAAUUUUAUGGAUCAAUCUUCUUAGAACUUGUGAUCCUUUUAGCAUGAAGGUUUUUUUUGUGUGUUGUUGUUAGUGUUGCCGGAGAGCUCUAGAUUCUGGUGGAAUAUUCUGUCUUGAUUCAACAAUGCAAUUUUUCAUGGAACAGUC